UUAGUUUGGUACUGGCAACAUUUUUAGUGAUGGCCGAUAUUUCAAUUGGAAUGGAUGCAUAGAAGCGUUUCUGAAUUUGAGUGUUGAAGUAAACCGAUAUUGCCAAUUUGGUGUUUAUAUUGUGAAUUUGAUUUGAUAAAAAUAUAAAGACAUCAUUGUGCAAAUUGUGUGUUACGUGUUGACUAAAGUGUGUAAACUUGAUAGAAAUAAUUGUUGUGUCCAUUUUCUAAUAGGAUUGUGGUUGAUCUGACUAUUGGAUUACUGCUUAUUUACUUGUUUAGGAAUAAAGAGUCAGUGAUAAGUGGGGUGUCAUCGAUGAGAUACCGUUAGACAGAGCGUGGCCACGCCGCGAGUACUCACUUAGGGGCGGUGUGUGAGUGUCGCACCGCCAUGUCCCACCACAGCGACGAGCAGGCUCUCCUGAGCGUGACGUCAGACUCUUUCUGGGAGCCCGGCAACUACAAGCGAACCACACGGAGGAUAGACGACGGCCACAGAUUGUGUGGCGAACUACAAGCGCUGGUGCAGGAAAGAGCAGAUAUAGAGAAAACUUACGCAAAGAGUCUAAAGGGGUGGGCGAAGAAAUGGAACGAUCUUAUUGAGAAAGGUCCCGAAUACGGCACAAUGGAAGCGGCGUGGAAGGGCGGCAUGGAGGAGGCGGAGAGGUUGUCAGACUUACACCUGGGCGUGCGGGAUCGAUUAGUCAAUGAUGUCAUAGCGCAAAUCAAGAACUGGCAGAAGGACACCUAUCACAAGUCAAUGAUACAACUGAAAGAACGGAAGGAAAUGGACGAGGCUUUCAAAAAGGCGCAGAAGCCGUGGGCCAAACUCCUGCAGAAGGUGGAGAGGACGCGACUGGAGUACCACACGGCCUGCAAGCAGGAGCGGACGGCGCAGAACCAGGAGAGGAACGCCAGUGGUGACAGCUCGCUGAGUCCUGACCAGCGGGCGGCGUCGGUAAGCGUUAAGAAAAUGGCGGAAAGAGUUUCGAAAUGUCGCGAGGAAGUUGCGAAGAACCGGGAGAAGUACCAAGCUGCCCUGGCGGAGAUCACCGCCUACAACCCUCGGUAUAUUGAAGAUAUGACCGGAGUUUUCGAGCGUUGCCAGCAGAUGGAGGCUCACCGGCUGACGUUCUUCAAAGAUGUGCUCUUCAGCUUCCACAAGUGCCUCAAUAUUAGUCAGGAGCCACAAUUACCACAGAUAUACGAGGAGUUCCACCACACGAUAAACAAUGCCGAUCACCAGAAGGAUCUGAAGUGGUGGGCGAACAACCACGGCAUCAAUAUGGCGAUGGCGUGGCCCCAGUUCGAGGAGUACACCGAGGAGUUCCGGGACAUCGCCAAGGGCAAGUCCAAGGAGAGCCUUCCCACCGGGCCCAUCACGCUUCUCAACCAGAGGCCGGUCAGCGAAGACGAGCUGCCGCCAAUCAAUGCGAACAACAAGCCGAGCGGCAAGGCGGCCAACCACACUGACGGACCGCAACCGCCCGCGGCGACGGUGGCGAACAGCACCAACAAUACAACCGCAAACAACACAAUAGAUAAGAAGACUAUUAGCGCGCCUAUAGCUGUCACAAACGGCACGGCGUCAGCGCCUAAAUCCAACAAGAGUUCCCCCGCCAAAGAGUCCGCUAAGGGGGCGGAAAAUCCCUUCGAGGAGGACGAGUGGGACGAGGAAUCGGGGGGCGCUCUGACCGACACCGGGGAGCCCGGGGUGCCGGUCAGGGCGCUGUACGACUACACCGGGGCGGAGAGCGACGAGCUGAGCUUUAGACAAGGAGACCUAUUUGAAAAACUGGAAGACGAGGACGAACAAGGUUGGUGUAAGGGACGCAAGGACGGGCGCGUUGGACUCUACCCCGCCAACUACGUCGAACCCGUGGGACACUAGCGGCGAUAAAGCGGCCACAUCGCGGCGAUAUCGCGGCCACAUCGCGGCGAUAUCGCGACAACAUUGCGUCGUAAUCGUAUGCUGCCUAAUUCUAUGCGCCUACAUCGAUUUUAGUUCCGCGAUAUUUUUUUAAUUCUGUGUAUUGAUGAUCGGUGCGGCUUUGGAUUUGAAUGCAUAUUUGCUAAUAGCAGAAUAUUUUUGUGCAUAAUAUUAUUACGUAUAAUGUGGAUGAAGCAAAGGAAGUAUGCAGGGAUCGUGGCAAGUGGAAAGAGGUAGUCUCUGCCUACCCCUCCGGGAAAGAGGCGUGAGUUUAUGUAUGUAUGUAUGUAUAAUAGUUUUCUUAAAACAAUUAUGCUUAAUGAUUUUUAUAGCAAGGCUUUACAUGUGAUGACUACAUCAAAAGUCGUAUCUAAAUGAAAAUAAAAAAAGCUAUGGUAGAUACGAUUUUCUUUACAAUUAUGCGUAAUAAUAUUUAUGCUCCCCCAACCAAAGUCGUUUGGUAUACAAGAAUUGCUUAUUGUAAUCUUGUAUUAUCCAAGCCGUUAGUGGAUUGGAUUAUUUAAAAUCCAAUAAUAUUCAGGCCAUAUUUCUAUUGCCUAGAUAAGUAUUUAUUACCAAAUUGCACACAUCGUUUCGAUUUUAACAAACGUUUUAAUGAAAAAUAAUACACUUUGAAUAAAAUGUAUUUGUAUCGUUUAAACUCGUUCAAAUCGGAUACGAUGAAUGUAUUUUUGUAAAAUCUACUUUGUUCUUGGUAAACCUGCUUUGUGGACGAAAUACAUGUUGGAACACGUGCUAGUCGCGAAAUUAUGUUAUAGUACAUACAUACAUAUAACCCCAAGUAAGAAAAAGCAGCAAAUCGAAAUUGUUAUUUCAAGAACAAAUGUCUUAUGAUCUUAUGUCUCCGCUAAAAUCCAUCGAAUACUGUCUUUUUGACGUGUUUAAAAUGUCGCAGUUUUGGACCCAAAUUUUUGUACAUUUUCUAAAAGCAAUUUUUCGUUGUGUGAAUGUCGCAACUAUUAAAACUAGAUGUUACAACUUGUGUGAAACAGCUGAACGAAGUUUACUCUUUUUGUAUAAGUAUUGAACUUUAUAAAGUGAAAAUUGUAUAAAUUGUUUUGCAUUGUUGAAUACCGCGCGGGAUUGUAAGUUCAGGAUAUUUUUGGAUGAAAUUGUUUGUAAGUAGGUACAACGUGGAAACCAAAAAUGUUUAUUUGUAUUAGUGACUUUUUACAUGUGGUUUUACAUUUAUAUCGAUAUUAUCUCCGCUUUAUUGCGAACUUCUCAGCGAAUUGAGAACCUCUUUUUUAUAAGGUACAUCCAGCGCUGUAUCUUGAAAUUUCAUUUUUAAAGCAAUAAUUCAGUUUAGCAAAAUGCAAGAAAGUUUUUAAACAUCUUUUGAUCUAAAAUAGACAUCAUUGGUGCAAUUUACAAUACUGUUCACCAUUUUUUAAAGGGUUGUUGUUUUAAAUCUUCUGAGAUGUUGGCAAAAAAGCGGUCUAUGUUUCUAAGUCGGGAUGUAUAGACGACGCUCGGUACCAACUGGAGACAAACCUGGAUAAGCCAAAAAGCGUACAACACUCGGCAUAUAAGUUGAACCAAAAUGAUGGGCUCACAAUGGAUGACAUAAAUUUGUAUAGCGUUGUUUUCAGAUUGCAUAACUUUUUUUUUCAUAAUAGUUUUAAUAAAAAUUAUGCGAAACAGUGAUUAUGACAAAACGUAUGGAAAUAUGUCGGUCUACCCAUCCGGGAAAGAGGUAUGAUUUUUGUAUGUACACUUUUAAUUAUGUGGCUCGUUUAUCCAAAUGGGGUCACCAUUUGGAUAAACGAGCGUAGGUCAACUUACACGCCGGACGCUGUACGCCAAUAUUGUAGGCAAACCAAACUUAGUGGCAAUGGGAUUUAUAUUUUGUGAUAUAGUGACUGUCUGUCACUGCACUUCAGUAGGUGUGGUAUGUACAUAUACACUAUAGUGUGUUGUCGUCGUGAAUAUAAUGUAGGAUGUAUUUAUUUCCCAUUGUAUAUAAUGUAUAAUGUUAUAACUAUGCGUAUAACGGGGUUUGGGCGCUUACUAGCGAGUCCGGAGUAAAAAUGGGCCUAAUGUUGUUACUAUCUUUUUUAUUCAGAUUAUUGUAUGCAUAAUCUAGGUAGGUGCUAUGCCUAGUAAAACCUAGAGCCAGAUUGGGCCUAUGUAAGACUUAAGACAUCCAUCCAUCAUAGCAAAACUCUUCGUCAUAUUAUGAACAGCGGAUGGCAUAAACUUCAUUUCGCAUAAAACCGUUUGAUAUAAAUGCCAUUCGAGUUUUGCCAUUAUAAAUCGGUCAAACAAUAUUUUUACGCCAAAAAUUCUUUUAAAGAAGUUAACCAAAUAAACAUAAAGAUUUUGCCAAAAAGAGGAAAUGUGUUUGCGAAUUUUUCAUUUCUCACUUUUAUAUUAUGAUUGCGGUCCGUUGUACGCUAUGUAAACGCCCCCUCGUUGUUAGGUUAGAUAAUAAUUAUAAUGAAUGUCCUGAUAAUGUUUACCCUUUCUUUUCCUUAUUUUUUACCUCGUUCUGAUAUUGUUGUACAUGUUUAGACGGAAGUCAUUAGUCGAGGACGCAUUUUAUCACUUGACUUGUAGUUACAUUAGUCUUAGCUCUUGUUUUCGUUGUUAUGGGUUCAAACCUCGUGCAAAUUCUUUGUAUUAUAUUAUUAUCAGAGAGAAAGUGGUUUUGGACCACUUGUGUUAAUAUAUUAAUAUUGGUAAAAUAAAAUUGUUACAUAUGA